GAACGUAGAAAAUUACAUUUUUCAAAAAAAAAUAUUUUAUUCAUAGUUUUAGACGCAUUGUUUGAUUUAAGGAAGAAAAUGAAUAUCUAUUUAAUUAAAAUUUUAAUUUAUUUUAGAUUUUAUAAAUAUUAUCCAAACUUAAUUUUUAAUUUUUAUUCUUGAGUUCUAAUUUUUAUAAUUUUUGAGCGACAUCAACCUUCAACAAUCGAAACACCCGCUUAAUAAAGCAGAAGGGGGAUCUUGCUUUCGCCAACCAGAUGCCAUAAAAUAAUAGUUCACAGAUUGCAAUCUCGUUUGUGCACAGAACAGCAGGCCUAAUGCCCAGGGUGGAAGGAUCUUCUUAUCGUUAACCAGGGAUUUAUCCUCACCAUAGAAGAAGAAGAAGAAGCAGCGAGAAGAAGGAUGGAGAUGGCCAGUCUAACACUUGCUGUGUCCUCAACAUCGCCACGGCCUCUGGGCGUCAACCAUGGCCAUUUUCUAUCCUCUCAGUUCCAAACCAACCCAUCAGUCUCAAUAAGUCCCGCUGUCAGCAGAAGAAAACUAUUGUUGGUUAAAGCCUCGCAGAGGUCUUCCGCGGAGACCCUGUCUGCGAACUGGGAUUUGUCCAACUACUCUGCCGCUCCUUGGCUUCCCAAAUUCGAAGAGCUCGACACCACCAACAUGUUGCUGCGCCAGAGAAUCGUCUUCUUGGGCUCCCAGGUGGAUGACAUGACUGCAGAUUUAAUCAUAAGUCAGCUCUUAUUUCUAGAUGCCGAAGACCACAGAAAAGACAUUAAAUUGUUUAUAAAUUCACCUGGUGGCUCUGUUACUGCUGGAAUGGGGAUCUAUGAUGCCAUGAAGUUGUGCAAAGCUGACGUUUCAACUGUUUGCUUGGGCCUUGCUGCCUCUAUGGGUGCAUUUCUUCUUGCCUCUGGCUCAAAAGAGAAAAGGUUUUGUAUGCCCAAUGCAAGAGUGAUGAUCCACCAGCCACUUGGAACUGCUGGGGGCAAAGCCACUGAAAUGGGGAUACGAAUAAGAGAGAUGGCAUAUCACAAAAUUAAGCUGAAUAAAAUACUAUCAAGAAUCACCGAGAAGCCUGAGCAGCAGAUUGAAGUGGACACUGACCGCGAUAACUUUAUGAAUGCUUGGGAGGCCAAGGAGUAUGGGUUGGUGGAUGCAGUAAUUGAUGAUGGCAAGCCAGGGUUGGUUGCACCCAUUGCAGAUUCAGCACCUCCACCCAAAACCCGGGUAUCGGAUCUUUGGAAAGUUGAAGGGAGUAGGAAGGCCAAGAAAGAUUUGCCUUCGGAGCAUAAGCUUUUACAAAGAGGAUUCAAAAGGGAACAGGGAAGUGAUGAAGAGAGGGGCACAGAGCAGGAAAAGGAAGCACCAACUCCGGUAUGAGGCUAGGGACUUGGUUCUGCUCAUUUAUGUUGUAAUGUUCACACCUGUUGUGCAGUCACGCUGUGUCCAAGUUCUAAUGUGGUUUGAUCAAAUGUCUGAAUAUAUUUUUUUUUAUAAAAAAAAAUUAGAAAAACAGAAGCUGGACGAGCUGAUACUGACUAAGAAGUUUUGCAUGAUUUUAGUGUUAUUUUUGCACUAAAAUUGAUUCUGCAUUGCUCACAAA